UCCUUGAUUCUUUCAGGUCGCGAAUCUCACUCCCCUGUUCACCUCUCCCAAUUCUCCGUCCUACUUAUCGAAAGACGUGGGAAACAUGGAUAUCUCAACACUCUUCGAUGUCAAAGACAAAGUCGUCCUCGUAACCGGCGGCGCCAAAGGCAUCGGCCGCAUGAUCUCCGAAGGUUUCGUACAGAACGGCGCUAGAGUAUACAUCGCAUCGCGAGACGCCGCAGCAUGCGAACAGGCUUGCAAAGAACUGAAUGCAAUCGGCAAAGGCGGGUACGCAGGGUUCAUUGCUGCAGAUUUCUACAAAGAGGAGGACCUAGAAAAGGUUAAGAAGGAAUUGGAAAAACGGGAAGGCAAACUCCAUGUCUUAAUCAACAACUCCGGUAGUAACUGGGGCGAAUCCUACGACACAUACCCCUCCCAAGCCUGGGACCGCGUCGUAACUCUCAACCUCAAACGCGUCUUCCAACUCACACAAACCCUCACUCCUCUCCUCUCCGCUGCCGCAUCCGCCUCCACCCCCUCACGCAUUAUAAACAUCGGGUCCAUAGAUGGUCUCCGCGUCCCCGCCCUCGAGACCUUCGCGUAUUCGUCGUCGAAAGCCGCGCUACACCAUCUCAGUCGCGUCCUCGCCAGCCAUCUGGGCAAAAGGCAUAUCACGAGUAACACGAUUGCGUGUGGCCCGUUCCAGAGUAAAAUGAUGAAGGCUACGCUGGAAAAGUUCAAAGAUCAGAUUGAGGGGGGGUUGCCGUUGGGACGGAUUGGGAGUCCUGAAGAUGUGGCGGGAACUUGUGUUUGGUUGAGUUCGAGAGCUGGGGCGUGGGUUACGGGGGCUACUAUUGCCUUGGAUGGAGGCAGUGUUGUUGGUGCUAAGCUGUAA